AUGCGAAAUGAAGUCGAUGAAGAAGCACGCCCCUUUUGCUCCAUUCGUCAUAACCUCUACAUGGCGUCUGUUGGAGAGAACUCUAUCUUACUUAUGAAUGGCAGAACUGUCAUCCCCACCCAACAACAAAAGAAAACAUUAAAUAACCUUCACGAAGGACAUCAAGGGAUUGAAAAAACUCGCCGCUGUGCUCGUGAUUCCGUAUAUUGGCCUGGGAUGAACCACGACAUCGAAGAAAUGGUAAAACGCUGCUCUGAAUGUCGAACUCUUCUUCCUGUCAAUUCCAAAGAACCUCUGCAGCAACCACCUCUACCCACACGACCUUGGGACAAACUAGGCGUUGACCUUUAUAGUCUUAAUGACCGAGAAUACCUUAUUGUCACAGACUAUUUCUCCGCCUUUACUGAAGUUUAUGAUCUUGGUAAAGACGCAACAGCACCAGCGUUGAUCAAAGAACUCACACAAUUGUUCUCUCGAUUUGGUCAACCUGUUGAAGUCGUAUCAGCCGGUGGUUCACAGUUUACUUGCAAAGCUUUUGCAACGUUUGUUGAAAGUUGGAAUUUCAUACACACUGUAUCUUCUCCUACUCACGCUCAGUCAAAUGGCAAAGCCGAAGCCGCGGUAAAGAAUGUCAAGAAGCUCCUCAAAAAGUGUGGCUCUAUGAAUGACCAAUUUUGGAAAGGUCUGCUGGCAAUUCGAAAUACUCCUCUCUUAUGUGGUAAGAGUCCUGCAGAAUUGCUGCUUGGCAGAACACUCCACGAUUCCCUCCCUCGUUAUCCUGGUCCAACAACGUUACAUAAUGAGACGAAAGCGAAAAUCCUUGAUAUCAAGAAAAAAGAGAAAGAUACCUAUGAUCAACAUACUACCCCAUUACCUCCGCUCCAGACUGGUACCCGUGUAGCUAUUCGUUCCCGCGUCGAUUCCGAUUGGUCACUACUUGAAAAAAUUACUGAAAUUAAACCGAAUCACACCUACAUUGUAUUAACCGACCAAGGAUCCACACUCACCCGUAAUCGAAGAUAUCUAAGACCUGCACCUCACCCUGCUGGUAACAAUACAUCUCAAGCGAAUGACGAACAGAACCCAACCCCAACGACUAAUCCAUUGGGAGGAAGGCAUGUGGGACUAAGCGAUCCAUAUAAUUUAAGAAAGAGAUGUCCUAAAAACUGA